UGAUUUGUGAAACCAGCCACUGAUCAGAUCUCAUCAUGCCUGAACCAGCGAAGUCCGCGCCGAAGAAAGGCUCCAAGAAGGCCGUAACUAAGACUGCCGCGAAAGGAGGAAAAAAGCGCAGAAAGUCCAGGAAGGAGAGCUACGCCAUCUACGUGUACAAAGUGCUGAAGCAGGUUCAUCCUGACACCGGGAUCUCUUCGAAGGCGAUGGGCAUCAUGAACUCUUUCGUCAACGACAUCUUCGAGCGCAUCGCCGGUGAAGCGUCUCGUCUCGCUCACUACAACAAGCGCUCCACCAUCACUUCCCGAGAGAUCCAGACCGCCGUGCGUCUGCUGCUGCCCGGGGAGCUGGCCAAACACGCCGUGUCUGAGGGCACCAAGGCCGUUACCAAGUACACCAGCUCCAAGUAGAGCUCUGCUGCAGCUCUCACACACAAAGGCUCUUUUAAGAGCCACUCAA